CGGUUCGGAAACGUUGCUUGGGCGAACACGAGAUGACGGGUUCGAACGAGUUCAAGCUGAACCAGCCACCCGAGGAUGGCAUCUCCUCGGUCAAGUUCAGCCCCAACACCUCCCAAUUCCUCCUGGUCUCCUCCUGGGAUACAUCUGUGCGCCUCUACGAUGUGCCCGCCAACUCCAUGCGACUCAAGUACCAGCACACUGGUGCUGUCCUGGACUGCGCCUUCUACGAUCCAACGCAUGCCUGGAGUGGAGGAUUAGAUCACCAACUGAAAAUGCAUGAUUUGAACACUGAUCAAGAAAAUCUUGUCGGAACCCAUGAUGCCCCUAUCAGAUGUGUGGAAUACUGUCCGGAAGUGAAUGUGAUGGUUACUGGAAGUUGGGAUCAGACAGUUAAACUGUGGGAUCCCAGAACUCCUUGUAAUGCUGGGACCUUCUCUCAGCCGGAAAAGGUGUACACCCUGUCAGUGUCCGGGGACAGACUGAUUGUGGGUACAGCAGGCCGCCGAGUGCUGGUGUGGGACUUGAGGAAUAUGGGCUAUGUGCAGCAGCGCAGGGAAUCCAGCCUGAAGUACCAGACUCGCUGUAUCCGUGCCUUCCCAAACAAGCAGGGUUAUGUGUUGAGCUCCAUUGAAGGCCGAGUGGCGGUGGAAUACUUGGACCCAAGCCCCGAGGUUCAGAAGAAGAAGUACGCUUUCAAGUGUCACCGGCUAAAAGAAAACAACAUUGAGCAGAUUUACCCAGUCAACGCCAUUUCCUUUCACAAUAUCCACAAUACGUUUGCCACAGGUGGUUCUGAUGGAUUUGUAAAUAUUUGGGACCCGUUUAACAAAAAGCGACUCUGUCAGUUCCACCGCUACCCUACUAGCAUUGCGUCUCUUGCCUUCAGUAAUGACGGAACUACGCUCGCAAUAGCGUCGUCAUAUAUGUAUGAAAUGGACGACACGGAGCACCCUGAAGAUGGUAUCUUCAUUCGCCAAGGGACAGAUGCAGAAACAAAGCCCAAGUCCACGUAAUCAGCUGGUGGAAGUUGUCUCUAUGUGGAAGGAAAGCUUUGCCUCCUAGAAACACUUGCUUCCCCCCCGAGGGCUGCGUCUAGUCAUUGGACACUCCGUCUAGUAUGUGGAUUUCUCUGUUUCCUGUCAACAGAACUGUCUCUGUGUCCUCCGUAAUUGUGUGGGGUGGGGAGGCUUCGUGCCCUUGUACAGUAGUCGAGUUCUCCUGUCCCUAAGCAAGCCCUGUUGCUGUUAGUGUUUCAGUUCUUUGUAGCACAAUCUAAAACUGUUCAUAUUUUUCUGCUGUCUAAUAAAUCAGAGUUUGGAACUUUUAAAA